AUGACCCCAGCCUCAGGUGCCGCUGUUAACCACCCUGGCGACACCCCUGUCGAUCAGCCACUUUCUGCCUCGCAAAACUCGGACAAUUCCCACCCAUCGACUCUAAGGAAUACUCUCGAUCUAUCCGGUAGCGGUAACCACCAGAAGGAGAAUGUCAAUCCGCUCCGGGGGCCAGGAGAUAAGCUGGCUACGGACCAUGGUCAGGAUGCGGGACCGCCAUUGCAGCAGGACUUAGAUGAUUUUGGGCUUCCGAUUCGCUCACGAUUUAACGUGGAACAGCAAACAAUUGAGUCAAAUGAGGACAAUGAUCAAUUUCAUGAUGUUCCGGAGAGCGUUUCUGCGUCGGAGAAUAAAGGGCAGCUGAGGGAGCAGAAGGACCAGGCAGAAAUUGUGAAGGAAGCACCGUCUUGUCAUGAAACACCUAUGAAGGAGCAACAGGACGAAGUGGCGCCGCACUCUCCAACACCUGAGCCAUCCCAACGUAACAUGCCGGCCGGGAGCGAAGUAACCGUGUCGAUAAAGAAAAACCACACACCCGAUAGUCCAUUACCAAACCCCGAAGAUGGACCGCCCCCGGCCUAUACGGAAAAGCCAGACCAAGUCAAUAGCCGUGACUCUACUUUCUCGCAUCCGCAGAAGCCCCACAAGAACCUACCAGUGUCAGAGUGGUCACAUCAACGACUUUACGAAUCCAAGCACGAAGAAAAUGACGAAGAAGAGGAAAGCGAUGAUGGCGGUUGGAAGGAAAUGCCUGCUCUCGGUGAGUUUGACUACUACGAUGAUUACGGUCGACUAGUCGCCCGUGGAGCCAAAGACGACGGCGACGAAGCGGUUUACAGUGGUCUGGGAGGCGCUGGAAAGGGAUAUACUCGGGUAAAACUUGGUGAUGAUGAUGCUACAUCUAUCAAUAGUCUGGAUGAAGAUACAAGCUACCUUUUCAAAGAAUCUGCUGCCACUGCCGCAGGAUACGAGGCGGAGGAGCUCCGUGAUUCUUCGAGCCAGCUACAGGCCACGAAAGACCUCUUGACCGAAAGCCAAAGGAUAGCGUAUGUCGGAGUGACGCGCCUGACCAUUUAUCAAAUGGUAUCGGAGUUGGAGAAAAUACUCGCGAGCAAAUCUAUUCGCAAACACAAGCAGAAAGCAAUAGAUUCAAUGCGCGGUUGGGGCCAGGCAAUGAUGGCUAGGCUGUACGCUCAUAUGGACAUUAACACGGCCGAGCAAGUGAUGAUUGAGCAGCUCGCUGAACAUGGCGUUCAGCCUGGUGAUCUUGUCCCUCCGCUCAUGCAUAAUGCUCGGGUCAAAAAUCCCUUGGCGGAAGAGAGCGACUUGCCUAAGAAAUCUGUUUCCUCGUCGACCUUAAGCAACUGGAAGGAUGGGAAUCGAGACAGCUUAUCUACUGAAGCCGAUCGGUCCUCUGAGCCCAUGUCUCCCCCGCCUUAUAAUGUCCACGAGGAUGUUCCCGAAGUCCACACUCCAUCUCAGCUACCUACUUCCUCUAAAAUUGACAUUGAUAUCCGAUGGACCGUUCUCUGUGACCUCUUCCUUGUUCUCAUUUCCGACGCAAACUACGACUCGCGAUCGCGCGUCCUGUUGGAAAAAGUUGGAGCUUCCAUGGAAGUUUCCUGGCUCCAGAUUUGCAAAUUUGAAAAACGUGUCCUCGAUGCUUUAGAAAUGCAAGAAGCCGCAGACAAGGAAACCUGGGACGAGUCAGAACAUAUGGAAAAACGCCGAAAGUCGGCACUUACACGAAAGUACAUGAUCAUGGGCUUGGCCACUGUUGGCGGAGGUAUAGUUAUUGGCCUUUCUGCCGGACUCCUUGCUCCAGUUAUUGGUGCUGGCCUGGCGGCAGGUUUUACUACAAUUGGAGUUGGCGGAACCAGUGCCUUCUUAGGAGGAGCUGGCGGUACGGCUCUUAUUGCGUCUGGUGCUACUAUCACCGGUAGCACAAUUGGCUUGAGGGCCUCUCAUAGGCGAACUGGAGCCGUCCAGACCUUUGAGUAUCGCCCUCUGCACAACAACAAAAGGUUCAAUCUGAUUGUUACUGUCUCUGGGUGGAUGACCGGAAACGUUGAUGACGUCCGGUUACCGUACAGUACCGUAGAUCCAAUCAUGGGAGAUUUAUACUCUGUUUUGUGGGAGCCAGAGAUGCUCAAGAGUAUGGGAGAAACCAUUAAUAUCCUGGCCACGGAGGCUUUGACCCAGGGAUUACAGCAAGUACUUGGAAGUACCAUUCUCACGGCUCUUAUGGCAUCCUUACAGCUGCCUAUCGUUCUCACCAAACUUUCUUAUCUUAUUGAUAACCCGUGGAACGUCUCGCUCGCACGCGCAACAUCUGCUGGUCUUAUUCUUGCCGAUUCUUUGAUAGAUCGUAACCUAGGAAAGCGCCCCGUCACAUUACUAGGCUACUCCCUAGGUUCAAGGGUUAUAUUCUCCUGUCUCAAGGAGCUUGCAGACAAAGGCGCUCACGGGCUCGUUCAGAACGUCUAUCUCUUCGGGUCACCGGUGGUGGCUAAUAAAGAAGAAUACUCCAAGGCCCGUGGAGUGGUUUCUGGCCGGUUUGUGAACGGAUACGCCUCCAAUGACUGGAUCUUGGGGUACUUGUUCCGUGCCACGAGCGGAGGUAUUAUGCGAGUGGCUGGACUGGCCCCAGUCGAAGGCAUUCCGGGCCUUGAGAAUAUUGAUGUCACUAAACUUGUGAAUGGCCACAUGGACUAUCGUGCAGCAAUACCUCGUCUGCUGAAGUCAGUUGGUUGGGAGGUGUUGAGUGAGGAAUUUGCGGAAAUCGAAGACCCGGACCCAGAGAAUCAUAACGAGCGACAGAGAGAGCUCAUUCGUGAGAUUGAUCAAGCUCGUCGAGAUGCAGAGGCCAAGCCCGAUAAGAAACGAUUCGGCCUAUUCAAACGUGGAAAACUGGCCCAGAAGAAAGCUUGGGAGUCGUAUGAAGUCGAUAAAUCCGAAUCUCCGCAUCGCGGCUCGACCGAUGACAACGCCACAGGAAGUGUGCUGUUCGAUAUAGAUGCCAUCAGGGCUGAACUGGCCUCCGAAAUGAUUGAAGUCAAGCAGCUCGAAUCUACCCUACCCCCUAUGAAGCUGGAUUUUAAUCCGCCGUCAACCACAUCACCUGAUACUCCAGUUUCUGGGAACGAUAAAAGCUGCAAGGCUAGUGAACGAUCGCCGGCUCCACCUCAGUCACCUCCAGUAGCUUCUAAACCCGGUCGUAGUCCCGCGCGGGACACGUACUCACCUCCGCCCAGGGACGAAGAAGACGAAGAAGAAGAAGAAGAAGUGCAAAUGACGUUUGAUACUUCGUACCACGAACCGCCGCCGCGCUCGUUAUCUUCCUUCGAACCGGCGACGCAUACCCGCUACAACUCCUUUCCCUCUCGACCCGUGCUUCGGUCUUCAGUAACAACUCCCGAUAACAUAGGGACUAGCGCAGUAGGCGCAAUGGGUGCGAUGGAUUUUGAAAGAAACGCCUGGGCUGAUAAUGGCGGGGAAGAUGAAAUCCAGAUGACUUUUGAGUGA